GACAGCAAAAACAGCAAAAAAAGGAAGAUGGCCAGACUAUUAUUACUUUUCCUCCCAGGUCUUGUGGCCAUAUGUGCCGUGCGUGGAAUAUUUAUGGACAGACUUGCUUCCAAGAAGCUCUGUGCAGAUGAUGAGUGCGUGUAUACUAUUUCUCUGGUCAGAGCUCAAGAAGAUUACAAUGCCCCAGACUGUAGGUUCAUUAAUGUGAAAAAAGGACAGCAGAUUUACGUUUACUCGAAGCUGGUAAAAGAAAAUGGAGCUGGAGAAUUUUGGGCUGGCAGUGUUUAUGGAGAUGACCACGAGGAUGAGAUGGGAGCCGUGGGCUAUUUCCCCAGCAGCUUGGUGGAGGAGCAACACGUGUACCAAGAAGCCACCAAGGAAGUCCCCACCACGGACAUUGACUUCUUCUGUGAGUAAGAAAUUAGACAAACCUACAAAUAGAAAGGAAAAACUAAAAAGAAAAAAAAAAAAAGUCCCUAAUUCCUGACUUUUGUUUCAAGGCUGUGUUACCUUACAGGCCGGCGGGGCCUUCAGCAUCAGAGGUAGCAGAUGGCAGAGGGGGUUCCACUCAGUUUUCUGCUGGCCUGGUCUUCCCACCACCUGGGCAGGGUGAGGUUCAACUCAAGUGGGAGAACUGAAAGCAGAAAUUAUGUUUCAGCCUAGAGAAUCUUCUCUUCCACAGGGCUGCAUACAGAUGAUAGUACAUUUGUAUGACUUCUAAAUCGUUCUCGCCAGCUCUUUGGCUCCUUAUACAAACUUGGUAGGUCACAGGUCUUCCCUUUGGAAGUGCUGUUUUGUAAUUAUUUGUCUCACUGGCCAUUUGGAGUGUUAUAAUGUACCCAAAGGGGCUAAAUCCUCAAGGAGUACUCUAGGAUUGUUGUUACUUUUAAUAUUUGAUGCCUUUGGGUUGUGAAACUAGUGGCAGUAGAGGAGCUGUUUGGACUCAUAGAUAUUUAGACUAUGCCUUUUGUUUUUAAAAAUAAAUCACAAGUUAUUUCAAUUGAAAUUUAUCUUCUAAUGACCAAUUUACCUCUCCCCAAAUUUUAAAUAUGUGUGUAUGUAAUAAGGAUGGAGCAGCUUAUGAAAUAUUUGUAAUGGAAUAGUUUCCCCUUUCAUAUGUGCUGUUACUGCAAACAUUCGAGCUUCAAGUUCAAAGACUAGGUGUGGGGGGUGGCACAGAAAGUCUGUGGGUUGUUUCUCUACUUCUCUUUCAACUUUGAAUAUCCUCUUCCUGUGCAAAUUCCCCCAGUCAAGGAUAAUGUGUGAAGCAAUCUGGUAAGGGGAUUGGUGGUCCCAAUGGAUGUAUAAAUUUUUCUACAUUUAAUUGGAUAUUUGCU